GUCAAUAUCACAUUAGCUGCUGUACAGUUUAAAUAUCUAGGAUGAAAGGAUACCACUAGAUUAAUGCAAAUGGGAAAAUGCAGCAUCGAAACGAUAUCAAAAAUUCUUCUUGUUACUAUCAACGUCAUAUUUAUUGCUAUAGGAUUUGUUAUAGCAGCAUUCGGGAUAGUAGUUGCCACCGGAAGUAACAUAUUUGGAGGUUAUAUUGAACCUUUGUUUCGAGAUGCAGGUGGAAAUGAAUCUGUUGGUUCAUUUUUUCUCUAUGUAGCAAUAUCCGGUGCCGUUUUAGGCAGCUUUAUUCUAGUUAUAGCAUCAGUUGGAGCUUGUGGUGCCUGCUGCAAUAAGAAAUGCUUGCUGUAUUCUUAUGUUGCAGCAAUGGGUGUCAUCUUGGUAAUUGAGAUAGCUUUAGUUGUUGUCUGUGUUUUGAAAUGGGACUGGGUGGAAUCUCAACUGAAAAGUGCCUUGAAGUUAUCAAUAAAUGACCAAUAUGCUGGAUCAACAGCGACAGAUUCGAUAUCCGUGGCAUGGAACUACGCAUUUGUUACAUUUCAUUGUUGUGGUGUGUUUAAUUCUACUGACCUGUCGUCUGCCAAGAAAUGGAAUUCAACAAACAAAAUACCUAGCACUUGCUGUAUUGUAACAGGAAGUUUUCCUGAUCAGAGUGAUCCUACUGAUCCUUCGUGUCCCACGCAACCAACAACAGGAAACUCUCAUGCACACAAGGGCUGUUAUGAACAUAUCCUGGACUUGAUAUUACAAUACAACGAUUAUAUAUUAGGCAUUUCAGUCGCGAUUGCUACACUGCAGAUAUUUACACUAGUUGCUGCCAUCGUGAUAGCCAGGACAAGAAAUAAAAUCCGUCCAACGUAACAAAACUGAUCUGCAUCAUAGUUCCAUUAUUCAGAAACCUUUUCAUAACAGAUUGUAGUACGGUUUUAUUAAGGUCAAUGGCAAUCUAAUUCUAAUUGCAUGUUCUAGUCAAUUAAUUGUACAUGUGAAUAACAUUUAAGUAUAUCUGAUUUAUAACAAACUUUCUUAAAUUGUCCAAUUAUAAAUUUGGAAAUAAUUAUGAAACUAAGGUUUAAACUCCCUUUGGCUUAGUUAGAUUGACUUGGCUUUUUUUUUUUGUCGUAUAGCUUUUCAACUGUUUCGGUUCUUAAACAUCAUGGACUUUCAAGUAUUCGACUUUGAACAUUGCUGAUGAAAGCAAAUCCAGAAAAGUGCUUCGACCACAUGAAAUUUAUAAAGUUUUGCAUUCUUUUUUUCCAACAAAAGAAUGGUACUAGUAUUGAAAUAUGAAGAUUUGUACUGAAAUAUGAAGGAGAUAACCUCAACAGUGUCAUUAUAAUGCGAUUAUGUCCGAUAUAUCAUGGAUGCCGUAAAAGCUAUAUACAAUUAUCAAUUCUUAAUUUAUUUUAACUUUUUAAAAGAAAACCAUUUAUUCUUUACAGAAAUGGCUUUGUCGACUAUGAUCAAACAAGUUCGAUAGAAAAAAAAACUCCAAAUAACAUCAAUAUUUUUAUAUAAGAUAAUAAAGGAAUAACUGAGAUUAAAACCAGGGAAGAUAUGUAAAUUAUUGAAUGCAAAGGUUAUGCAUUAGUUUAGAGAUGCUGAUAGACGCUGCAAAUGCUUCUUCCUGCUUUUCAAGCUAAUCGAGUACAAUGUCAAUUCCGAUGUCAUUUUCUUUCUAUGGUGAGGUCUUGAUUAUGUUUUCUCUUUUUGGUGUUAAAGAGUCACAUUUAAUUGAGUUGUUUUUCCAAAUUCAGCAUUUUGACUUUAGCGAAAUCUCAUUUUUGAUAUUUUCGCUAUUUGAAAAAGGUUUCGAAAACAGUUGUCAUUAGUUUCGAUACUAAAAAGGCAUAAAUACUUAAACAAUGUGUUCUUGCUUGUUCUUGGUAAGUGACAUAACUAAUUAGUCAACCACUUAGAUAAAUCAUAUCCCAAAAGGACUAUACAUAUUACGUCGGAGAUCAUGUAACAUCAUUUCCUGACGUUAAAGCAGAAAGCAUGACAUUUUCCUUGUUAAUUAUGUAUAUUAAGCUUUAAAUUUGUAUUGUUCAUAUUUUGAAUAAAAUGUUGCACUUGA